ACAGAAGGCUUAUAUCACCCAGGGCCACAUGAAGUCCAGCCAACGUGCUGUGUAGUUUGGGCCCAGGUGAGCGACAGCGGUGACACAGAGAGCACACAUGGAUAAACAGCUCAGCAGACCAACAUGGAGCAGGCAGAUCGAGUUUACUCUGGCUGGCAUAGGCUGUGCCGUAGGCCUUGGCAACGUGUGGAGGUUCCCCUAUCUCUGCUACAGGAGUGGAGGAGGGGCCUUUCUGGUGCCAUACCUGCUCAUGCUGGUGGUGCUGGGGAUCCCUCUGCUCCACAUGGAGCUGACUGUGGGUCAGUUCACAAGGAGAGGGCCUGUCCAUGGUCUGGCUAGUGUCUGUCCACUGUUAAAAGGAGUGGGCAUGGCAACAGUUGCAAUCUCCUUCAUAAUGUGCACCUACUACAAUGUUGUCAUCACCUGGGCUCUUUAUUAUCUCUUCAGCUCCUUCCAGUCACCGCUGCCCUGGCAGAACUGCAACAACACAUGGAAUACACCCAACUGUACCAACCAUGCCACCAACAGCAGCUACUCCUCCUCCACAGCGAGCCAAGAGUUCUUCAAAUAUAAGAUGCUGGAGCAGACGAGUGGAGUGGAGGAGACAGGAACGAUACGCUGGGAACUCUUCCUCAUCCUCGUCCUGGCCUGGAUUCUCAUUUACCUUUGUAUUUUCAAGGGGGUGAAAUCGACAGGCAAGGUGGUGUACUUCACAGCCCUGUUUCCAUAUGUCAUCCUGAUUGCCCUGCUCAUCAAUAACGUGCAGCUUCCCGGGGCAUUAGAUGGGAUUACCUUCUUUAUUGUGCCAAAAUGGGAGAAACUGCUCUUAGUGGAGGUGUGGGUGAAUGCUGCAGCACAGAUUUUUAACUCCAUUGGGAUCGGUUUCGGGUCCCUCUUCGCCAUGUCCAGCUAUAACGCCUUCAACAACAACGUUCUGAAAGACACCCUGACUAUAUGCAUCAUCAACUCCCUGACCAGUAUCCUGGCAGGCUUUGUCAUCUUCUCUGCCUUUGGAUACAUGUCGUAUCUCCAGGGAAUUCCUGUCAGCGAUCUGGCUGUGGACGGUCCAGGACUGGUUUAUGUUGUUUACCCACAAGCCUUUGCCAACAUGCCAUUGCCUCAACUCUGGGCUGUGCUGUUCUUUUUUAUGCUGCUUUGCCUUGGACUGGACAGUGAGUUUGCAAUGGUUGAGGUCAUGGUCACCAGUCUCAUGGAUGAAUUCUAUCAGUACCUGAUCAAGUUUUUCAAGAGGAAGGAGCUGUUUGUCCUUGCUGUAUGUGGUGUUGCCUGUCUUUUUGGAAUCCCUUGUGUCAUGCAGGUAGGGAUCUAUGUUUUCCAGCUGAUGGACCAUUACACUGCCAUAGUGUCCAUCAUGUUUCUUGCAUUCUUUGAAGUUAUCGCCAUCUGUUGGUGUUAUGGUGUGAAACGACUUUCAGACAACUUGGAAGUGAUGACGGGAAAGAGGGCAAACAUCUUCUUCAGACUGUGCUGGCUCAUUAUUGCUCCAGUGCUGAUCGCUGUCAUCCUCAUUUUCUCCAUCAUACAGUUCAAACCAGCCCGUUAUGAGGACAACGUCUUCCCUCCCUGGGCUCAGGGCGUUGGGUGGGUCAUUGCCCUGGCCUCCAUCAUCUGGAUUCCUUUGGGGGCAAUUCACACGCUGUGGGUGCUGCCCGGCUCCUUCACACAGAAACUGAAGCUGUCCAUCACACCACACAGUCUGGAUGAAAAGUCAAAUAUGCCGUAUUAUGAGAGGGGGGGAGCAGACGCACAUCCGGCCAUAUCUGUCAUCAGCUCAAACUUCACGGCACCUGAGAAAUCUCCAAUUCAAACAAACCUCUGAUACCUCAGUUCUGUGUGCAACCAUCACAGUCAGUCAAUCAGAAAGUGUUGUAAUUAGUCUUCUGGUAACAAAAAUGAUUUCCAUGAUUGCAAUAACAUGCUGUUGCAUGGCCUCCAUGCCAAUUAUUUAUAAUAGCCAUUUUUGUAAGGCUUGUAGAACCUGAUAAUGUAAUAAAUCCCUGAUAAUGUAAUAAAUCCCUGAUAAUGUAAUAAAAAUUUGCACUUGAGUCCAUUGAAAAUGUAAUAAAACCUGAUAAUGUAAUAACUUCCCGAUAAUGUAAUAAA